AUGGCAGACAAGGGACCCUAUCUUGGCCUGCGAGGCAAGCGCCUAACAACUGCUCUGAUCGUAAUGGUCGUCUGCCCUGCCUACAUCUUGAUCGGGUACAACAAUGCAGCUGCCGGUGGUCUCUUAACACUUCCAUCCUUUGUUGAGACGUUUCCGAGGAUUGACACUGUCAAUACGACGGGUCAGCAGCAGGCAGAUAACGCAAGGAUUCAAGGCACUGUUGUGGCGUUGUACACCGUUGGGUGUAUGUUCGGCUCUCUUCUAUGUCUGAAGGUCGGCGAUAAACUCGGCCGCCUGCGCACCAUCAUGCUGGGCUCCGUCGUUGAGAUCAUUGGCGCCAUCAUCAUGUGUACUUCUUUCUCUCUGGGCCAACUCAUUGUCAGCCGCGUCGUCCUGGGCUUCGGUUUCGGCGCCAUCAGUGCCACUGUCCCAGUUUGGCAGUCAGAGUGCUCGCCUGCCGAGCACCGCGGCGCGCUGGUUGUGCUUGAAGGUAUGUUUGCGAGUUGCGGACUGGCGCUCAGUCAAUGGGUCGAAUUGGGAUUCUUUUUCGCACCGGGAAGCGUGAGCUGGCGGUUUCCCUGGGCGUUUCCUAUUGUGCUCGCCAUUUGGAUUCUGACAGCCUGUAUGUUUCUACCGGAUUCACCGCGAUGGCUGGUCAAAAAGGGACGCAUCGCCGAAGCGACAACCAUCCUCGCCAUCCUCGAAGACCUGCCGGAGGACUCGGCUGAAAUCCAGACCUCCAUCCACGAGAUGCAGAAAUCUCUCGCGGAAAUAGAUAAAGGCAACCUUCUAGGUCUUUUCCGCAACAGUGGUGACCGGCUGUUAAAUCGGACCUUCUUAGCAUGCUUCAGCACCUUUUCGCAGCAGAUGAACGGCGCAGGCGUGAUCGGAUUCUAUACGACCACCAUUUUUGAACAAUAUGUCGGUCUUUCACCACUUACUUCUCGUAUCCUAUCUGGUUCGGUGUACACCUGGCAGAUCGCCUGCUCUUUCUUGACCAUCUACACAGUCGACAGCUUCGGCCGCCGCCCACUCAUGCUUCUCGGUGCCGCAGGCAUGGGUGCCGUGUUCAUUAUUCUCACUGGUACGGUUGGACACGCAGGGGACUCACGCGCUUGCUCCAUCGUGUCAGCUUUAUGCGUUUUUUUGUACGGCUUCUUCUUCACCGUAGGCGCGUUGGGGGUGAAUUACCUCUACGGCACAGAAGUCGCUCCCUUGGCGUACCGGGUGCCAAUUUACAGCCUGACCUCGACGACGCUGUGGUCAAUCAACUUUCUGGUGGUGGAGAUUACGCCAAUUGGGUUUACGAGCCUAAACAACCGGUUCUUCAUUAUCUUUGCCGUGACUAAUUUGUGUCUCAUUCUCCCUGUGGUAUACUUCUUCUUCCCUGAAACUCGCAAACACUCGCUUGAAGCUAUCGAUGCCAUUUUCAAGGGCGCCGACAGCCCUUUCGAUGUCGUCCGCCGUGCCAAGAAUCUCCCCUCUGAUGUGGUGCGAAGGGAAGACGCGAUUCAUAUAGCGGAGGGUGGAAAGUCGGAUGAGGCAAGCACACCGCUGGAGGAAGAGUCCUCGCGGAAUGAGAAAGCCGUUUAUCAGAUGGUGGAGAAAGUGGCAUAA